AUGGCUGACACCCACAAUCCCACUGGCGCCGGCGGCUUACGGCGGCGGAACAUGCCCUACAACCCCUACCUGAUGGCUGCAGCCGGGCUGGCCGCCAUAGGCGGUGCGUGGUACUUCUACAACAACCGGAGGAAGCCCGAUCAAUCAGCCCGGCCCGUACACCAUAACAAACUGAAGCUCCUGUUACCGUUCGUCCGUUCAUUACAGAGAAAUGGCUCUGUUAAUCGACAAAGUAGAUGCUUUUCGGCUCUCCCUAGCUACACCCAGCCCGAUUAUCUCCAACAAGAAGAGGUUCUAGUGCAAGGCAGAGCUAAUUCGAGGAUGGCUAUUCUAAACAGACCUUCUGCUCUUAAUGCUAUCACCGCCUCCAUGGCCGCUCGAUUAAACAGAUUAUACGAGUCGUGGGAGGAGAACUCGACUAUAGGAUUUGUCAUGAUGAAGGGGGGCGGUGAAAGGCCAUUCUGCUCUGGCACAGAUGUGGUUGCUCUUUAUCGGCUGUUCAAUGAAGGGAAAACUGAAGAAUGCAAAGCAUUAUUCCAGAGUUUGUACAAGUUUGUCUAUGUUAUGGGAACAUAUCUUAAGCCACACCUGGCUAUAAUGGAUGGUAUUGUAAUGGGAGGCGGGGCAGGUAUUUCGCUACCCGGGAUGUUUCGAGUUGUAUCUGAUAGAACUGUCUUCUCAACUCCGGAGGUUCAAAUAGGUUUUCAUCCUGAUGCAGGGGCCUCGUAUUAUCUCUCUCGUCUGCCUGGCUAUUUAGGUGAAUAUUUAGCUCUAACUGGAGAAAAACUAAACGGGGUUGAAAUGAUGGCAUGCGGUCUUGCUACACACUACUCAUUGAAGGAAAAACUUCCGUGGAUUGAAGAACGUCUUGGUAAUUUGAUAACCGAUGAUCGUUCAGUCAUUGAAAGUUCUCUUGCGCAAUAUGGCUGCUUAGAGUACCCCGACUCGAGGAGUGUGCUUCAUGAGAUAGAAACAAUCGACUCGUUUUUCUGCUACGAUACAGUUGAGGAAAUAGUUGAAGCUCUCGAAAAUCAAGCUUCAGAACCUGGUAAUAAAUGGCACACGACCGUGCUUAACAAAAUUAAGGAAGCUUCUCCAUUGAGCUUGAAAGUAACUUUGCAAUCAGUUCGGGAAGGAAGGUUUCAGACUCUUGACCAGUGCCUCACUAGAGAGUAUCGAACAUCCCUGAGGUUCAUAUCCAAACACAUCUCAAAUGAUUUUACCGAGGGCGUACGUGCAAGAUUGGUUGACAAGGACUUCGCUCCAAAGUGGGGCCCACCCAAGUUGGAGGAUGUAACAGACGACAUGGUUGACUCGUUUUUCUUGCCGCUCGGCGAACUCGAACUGGAGUUAAACCUACCGGUUGCUGUAAGAGAGCCCGAUGUGUGA